UCAUGCCAAAUUGAUGAAAUAGUUUUUGAAUUAAAACCAAGUUCUAUCUUUCUCUUUAACAAAAUGUCUGGUCGUCAAGGCGGCAAAUUAAAACCACUUAAACAAGGCAAAAAGAAAGCUUCCGAUUUAGAUGAGGCUGAUGUAGAAUUCAAGAAAAAACAGCAAGAAGAACAAAAAAGGUUAAAAGAAUUAAAAGACAGAGCUAAGCAAGGUGGACCUCUUGGUGGGGGUGGCAUCAAAAAAUCUGGAAGCAAAAAAUAA